AUGCAAUGGAUUCUACGUUUUCAAAUACCUUCCACCGACGAACACAACGAAUGUCCAUUUAUUAUAUGGGAUGACAUACAGGUGCCGAGUUACGUUGAACACAUCCUAAAGUUUGGACCGGCGUACGCACCUAUCCCUCACAUUAAAGAUACGAUACGAUCGUGCAUUCCAGACCUAGAAUUAUUAAUACGAGGCCUAUCUGACAUACAGAAGGAAUACUAUAGAUGGGUAGCCUCGUUCAAAAUAAUAAAUAAUAAGGUCUCUAGAGAGAUGCUCCAAUUCAGAGAGGAUCUUAAACGCACGACUCGAUGGAUAAGGCAAAAUAAUAUCACGUUGGUUAGAGCAGAUAAAGCGAGAUUAUUAGUCAUUAUGAAGAGAGAAACAUACGAGAAAGGCCUGUGUGAGUACCUAGAAGUAACAAGAUGCAAUGAGGUUCAAUAUAACAUGAUAGAUAAGAUACACUCAAGAGUCAAACGCUUCGCAUCUACGAAGUUAACUACCAAAUUGAAAUUGAAGAACAUUAUAAUGGACGCACCGGAUGCCCCAAAAUUAUUUGCUUUUGCUAAAACACAUAAAGAAGGGAAACAGUUACGCCCAGUGGUGGAUAGGGCCAAAGCGCCCACACGAAAGAUAGAGGAAGAGGUACACAACAUUCUUACUCCACACCUGCAGGGAUACCAAUUUUCCAUCUCCAACACGUUGGAAUUAAUAGAACAACUCAAGAUGGUCACCUCUCCGUGUUAUGCUACAGUACUGGAUUUUAGAUCCUUAUACCCGUCGAUUGAACUUCCUCCAUGCUUCUGCGCCCUAAGGGACUUUCUUUUUGAAAAAUUAGGCUCUAAUGAGCUACAACAUCAGGCACUAGAAUUGGCCCAUCUAAUUUGUUACAACUCGGUGUUUCAAUUUAAAGGAAAGUUGUACACACAAACAAGAGGUGUUCCCAUGGGUAGUUCGGUAUCCGGGGAUUUAUGUGAACUAGUUAUUAGACAAUUGGAAAACAGGACAUUGCCUAAAUUCCUCCACGACAUUAUACUAUACAAAAGAUAUGUCGACGACAUCAUCAUCCUAUGGAGGACAACCCCCAACAUAGCCUGUUUUUUAGACGAAAUGAAUGACAACCCGUAUGGACUGACAUUAGAGAUGGAACAACACAGUAACACCAGAGUACAUUUCCUGGAUUUGGACAUAAGAUUUGAUGAUUCCAUCAUCCGCACAUCGGUUUUUCGCAAACCUACUAAUGUACCGGCAUACAUACCAGUAAGCUCAUGUGAUCCCUUCCAGUACAAAAUGGCGGCUUUUAGGGCAUUGGUUAAACGAGCUUACACACACUCUUCCACACAACAAGCACUAACGGAGGAGUUAAAUUACUUGGAAAGUAUCGCCAGAUCACACGGGUACCGAAAUAUUAUACAAAAGAUCGCAGAGCGCCACAAACAAACACAGGCUUCUUCCAACAUUGUAAUCAACACGCAAAACACAAGCAAUAAUAUAGAAAAUAGGAGGAUACCCAUUAAGUUCAACCCGCUAUUGAAGUCCCUGUACAACACCAUUGCUAAACAAAGAAAUGUUAACAUAGCAUACAGAAGAUGCAGCACCUUGUUUGACAUCCUACGUAAUGAAAAAGACGGACCCAGGAUGGAGAGGAUAUCAGGAGUAUAUAAAAUUCCUAUAAGGGAUAACAGGUUCAACAGAGACCUGGUAUAUGUGGGAUCAACUAAACGCUCGUUAGAGGUUAGAUUAAAAGAACAUAUUUCGGAUAUACAGCACAACAGGCACACAACCUCACUCUCCACAUAUGCCACUGAUCCCGAAAUAGUGGCGGACUUCAAUGCAGCACGGAUAAUUGCCUCCACACCACAUAUUCACCAACUAAAAUGGCUAGAAGAGAUGGAAAUUUUUAGGGCGUAUGACAAAUCCGAGUGUAUUAAUUCAAGAGAAGAGAUCAGCCUUUCCAGGGCGUGGCAAAAACUACUCCAUAAAGAGUGA